GCGGUCGCGAGCAGCUGGCGAGCGAAUCCCGCGACUGCAGGGAAGGAGAAGCUGGAGAAGGAAGAAGCCGAGCGGCAUCCCCGGGAUCCCCGGCGCAGAAACCCGUGCGAGCCGCCUGAGAAGAGCGCUACGCCAAAAUGCUGCCGAAUAUGCGCUAAUAUACUCCAUAGAUUUCCAUGAAUAUCUGUCUCGGUCGGGGCGCGCACUUUAUUCAACUGUCAAAGUUGGAAGGAUGCAAAAAUCGAAUUUUGCUUUGCGCUGAUAGCUUGAAACGAUUCGUCUGACGUGAGGACUGAGAUGCUGAGGGAAUGGAGCUGAGCAGACGAGCAGUCCCUCUGUAUGGGAGGGUUAAAGUCUGUGCUGUCCUGCAAACCGCGGAUGCGGUUCUGCUUCCAGAGGACGCCGAGUUCUACAUUGUGCUGGAAGGGUCUUCUCUAAACCACAUCUCCGUGGCUCAGAGAGCUGGCGAGGGGUGUGACCUGGACUUCAUUGUUCCAGGCCAUAACCUCUUCGAGAUGGUUUCCGUCAUGGCUUAUCUCUACACUGAAGGGCAGCCUGUCUCCUGCCUAGGAAAGGCCUCUGUGGAGUACAUCCAGGAUGAUGCUCAGGAGCUGGCCGAGUUUCUGGUCACUCACGCUCACUGCUUAAGUGCCAGCAGCCACCAGGACAUCGCCGGCAGGUUUAGCUUAAGCGACAAGGAUGGCUGUAGAAGGAUGGAUGAGAGUAUCACGCAAGCUAUGGCCAACUUAGACUAUCCAUACUCGUGGAACGUCCUCGGAAGCCAACCUGGUGAAGAACUGCAGCCCAGGGAGUCUCUGCUCCACAUUGCGGUGCGACUGGGCCUCCCCCGCGUCUUGCAGCUCCUCCUGUGUCAGCCCGGGGGCCUGAUGGCUGUGGUCUUGCCUAAUGAGGAGGGGGACACUCCCCUGAAGCUGGCAGAACAGUCCGGGCAGCAGGCCCUACUGGAACUACUGACAAACCCUCCAAACCCACUGACCACGCCCUUGGCCGGGAUGUCGCAGAUCUGGGCCGACAGCUCGCGACUGCUUCGCUUUUGCCACGAAUCGGAGAGGCUGACCCUGACGGUUCAGCGGGCCUCAGACAGGAACCGGCAGGCUGGGAUUCUGCUGCUGAGGAAGCGCUUGAAGGAUGAUCACUUCCUGAGGGAGAUCAAAGCACUUUCUCAAACUGGACAGCACACUGAAUCUGAAGAAGAUGACGGCAAAGGCAUCACAAAGACUACAGAUUUUGAGAAAGAUUUAUGCAGAGUUGAUCAUGCGCUGGAAGAUAAUGUCUUUGAGGAACAGCUUGUGCUCUCCUUGGACGAGGAGGAGGAACCAGCUGCAGCCUGUGCCGAGAAAAGCCCGUCUCCAUCAUUCAGGAGACCUCCGGACCAGUCGACCUUCUCGGCCGCCGCCCGGCUGUCCGCCAUGCUGAAUGGGAAGGACCAGAUAUAUGCCAAUGCCAUGCUGGUGGAGCAGGUGAAUGACUCGGACAUAAAGUACAGCAUCGCUGGGGUGACAGGCGACAGCACACUGACGGACGGUGGGGGGCCCGACGCUCUCGGGGGCGCUCCGCCUUUCCCAGCUGACCCUGCGCAGGUGGCGGGCUCAUCCGCUUCUCUCUCCCGCCCUCCGCACGCAGAGGAAGGGGGGGCCCGGGAACAAUUGACCCCCGCUAGUCCCUCCCCGUGUCUUUCCCCUGUUGACCUAGCGCUUUCUCGGCUAAAUAAGCUAGCCCAGGCCGACGUGCUCAGUCAGGGAGGGGGAUCCUCGCGGGAGGCAUGUGCUCGGAGCCCCAGUCUAGUGGCUCUGGAGGUAGACAGCGAAGAGGACGAACUACUGGAGAAGUCGGCUUUUUCUCGCCAUUCCACGUCUCCCCAGCAGGGCGGCGCCCUGCAGGCCAGCAGCGGAGACGAUCAGGACUCCUUCGACGCCUCCCUGGACCUCAGCCGCAGUCACGCACACUCCUCUCCCUUACGCAACUCUCCUUUGGAUUCAGGGGAUCUCGGUCUCCGCCUGCGCUCGUACUCGUACUCAUCCCCCAAGAUCAGCACGGUGCGGCCCCGCUGCAGCCGGCACCUGGCCAGCUCGGAUCUCACCGAAGAUGGCGUGUUCAGCAACAGUGGUCGGUCCCUCCUUCAGGCUCUCUCUCUGUCUAAAUCACUGUCCCUGCUCAAUCCGAUUAAACAGCGUGCUUUCAGCUUGCCAGAACAGCCACAAGAGAAAAGGGAGUUAACUUUCCGUAAGAGGGCACAGUCAGCUGAGGACGAGGGCAGAGUGGCACUGGCGGCGUCCCUGCAACACCUCACCCUCUCCGAAUUCCUCAAAGAAAUUGAAGAAGAAGAAUGGGAUAAAUAUAUCAUCCCGUCCAAAGCCGAGUCGGAGAAGUACAAAGUGAGUCGCACCUUCAGCUUCUUGAAGAGCAGGAUGUCCAGCACUCGCAACAAGAACAAGGGGAAGGCAAAGGAAAAGGAGGGCAAAGAGAAGUCACUGAAUGGCCACCAGUUUGCCACAGGGUCCUGCACAGGUCUGACGCUGUGCCUGGUCUGCGACAAGCCAGCUGUGGGGAAGGACCUCCUUCAGUGUUCAAACUGCAGCAUCAAUGUGCACAAAGGCUGUCGGGAUUCUGUCACACCUUGUAUGAAGAAGCUUCAAGAAAGAUAUGCGGUGACAAUGAAGAACAAGUCAACUUCCCUCCCGCAGAACACUCUGACGCGGGAAAAUCCCAUAACCUGCGUCAUCCCCACCUCCACCUCCCUGCCCGCCGUCAUGUGUCGGGAUAAGAGGGAACAGGCCAGCGUGCCUGGCUCCCUGUCCAAGAGCGCACCCAUCGUUACAGAGCGCAGGCUGAGCGAGGGUCCCGAGGUCGACCCUGAGACCGUGGCCUGGGGGAGCCGCUCGCAGUCCGAGGAGCUCCUGCCCGUCACCGAAUCCUCGCCCUCCACCGACUCCUCCAUCAUUGAAGAUGUUGUGGACGCCUCAUUAAGAAAUGACUUCCGGGCGGAUCUGCUAGAUUACGAGGCGGAGUCCUGGAGCCUUGCUGUGGACCACAAGUUCUGCAAGAAGCAAGAGAAACGUGUUGUGAAAAGACAGGAUGUGAUUUAUGAGCUGAUGCAGACCGAGAUGCACCACAUCCAGACGCUGACCAUCAUGGCUGAGAUUUUCCGGAAGGGCAUGAGGGAAGAGCUGCAGCUCGACCUGGAAACGGUGGACAAGAUCUUCCCCUGUCUGGACGAGCUGUUUGACUUCCACAAAAGCUUCUUCUGCACCAUGAAAGAGCGGCGGCAGGCCUGCACCAUGGAGCAUAACAGCAGGAACUUCCUCAUUGACAGGAUCGGAGACAUCCUUGUGCACCAGUUUUCGCAUGAAAAUGCUGAGAAGAUGAAGCAGGUCUACGGGGAAUUCUGUAGCCAUCAUACCGAAGCUGUGAGCUUCUUCAAAGAGCUUCAGCAGCAGAACAAGAAGUUCCAGCUAUUUAUAAAACAACAGAGUAAUAACUCUUUGGUGCGGAGGAAAGAGAUCCCAGAAUGCAUCCUGUUGGUGACACAGCGCAUCACCAAAUACCCAGUAUUACUGGAGAGGAUUCUUCAGUAUUCCCAAGAGGGCACUGAGGAGCACACUGACCUGUCCCGAGCCCUGGCUCUGAUCCGGGAGGUGAUCGUGGCCGUCGACCUGAAGGUCAGCGAGUACAACAAGGAGCAGAAGCUGCUGGACAUCUUGAACCGCAUGGAGAACAAGACUCUGGCUAAGCUGAAGAACGGCCAUAUCUUCCGCAAGCAGGACCUUCUCAACCAGACCAGGACAUUGAAGCACGAGGGCUUGGUCUACUGGAAGACCGCAACUGGAAGACUCAAGGAUAUCCUGGCGCUUCUCCUCACGGACACUUUGAUAUUCCUCCAGGAGAAGGACCAGAAGUUCAUUUUUGCUGCUGUAGACCAGAAGCCUCCGGUGAUCUCCCUUCAGAAGCUCAUAGUGAGGGAGGUGGCCAAUGAAGAGAGAGGCAUGUUUCUAAUCAGCGCAUCCGCCGCCGGCCCAGAGAUGUACGAGGUGCACACGGCCUCCAAGGAGGAGCGCAACACCUGGAUGAGGCUGAUAAGGGAGGCGGUGGAGAGCUGCCCCGAGGAAGAGGAGGAAAUCAACAGCGAGUGUGAGGAAGACAAGCGAGCUGCAGAAGCCCGUGCUCAAAAGAUCCAGAAGCUGCAAGAGACGCUAAACUCACAGGACCAGCAGAUAUGCUCCAGCUUGGAGGAGAAGCUGAGGAUUUACACGGAGCUGGCGAGAAUGAACGUGAAGGAGGCCUCGCUGCCUGAGCCGCGGCUGCUCAUCCCGGCCAACGCGGAAGAGGCACCACAGGCCGCGCCGCUGCUCACUGCUGCUCUCAGGGAGGCGGAGAAGCUGACCACCACUCUGACUUCCCGGUCUCGCUCGUCCGACAGCGGGUCCCAGGAGAGCUUGCCAGAGUCUGGUGGUCCCGUCAGCCUCGCCGAUUCCACUGGCUCUGCAAGCAUCCAGGGUUCCUCCUUGGAAUGUGACUGCACGGUCACCCACAAUUCGAGCUCAGUGUCUCAGACUUCAGACCUGGAUACCAGAGAAGUAGAGUGGACAGAGGCCAGCGCUGUAAUAUUAUCUGUCCCUGCCCCUAAAAGGGAUCACUACAGUAUUAACCUAAAGGUGGCCCAAAGUGUGCAGAGCCUGACCCAGUUACUCUACAGUCUGCAGGCGGCUGUGACCAUCCAGGACAGCUGCUUCGAAGUGCAGAAGGUCCUCCUGCAGGAGAGCGGCCGGCUGCCCCGGCCCCCGUGCCCCCGUGCCAACGCCCUGCAGGAGCAGGAAAAGCAGCGCAACCUGGAGAAGCAGCGGGAGGAGCUGGCCGGCGUGCUGCGGCUGCAGGGUCAGCUGCGGCAGGAGCAGCAGCGCUGGGAGCGUGAGUGCGACCUGCGGCGCCGCCAGCAGGAGGCGCUGGAGAGCCAGUUGGAGGCACGUGAACAGGAGUGCCAACGGCAGGCACGGCGGCUGCAGCGGGAGCGCGAGGAGCUGGACGGCCAGCUGCGGGAGUACCAGCAGAGCCUGGAGAGGCUGCGCGAGGGCCAGCGGCUGGUGGGCCGUGAGCGUGAGAAGCUGGACGCCCAGCAGAGGUUGCUGCAGAGCUGGCGCCACAACCGGCAGAGGAGUCUGCCCGUCAUGAUGAUCCCGCUGGAUGGCUGCCAGGACUCGGCCCACGGGCAGUACUGCGGCUGCGACGGGAACGGCUCCGUGUUCGUCAAUGAGGCAGCGCACCACAUGACACUCAACAACCGGCACGCGCAGCAGCAGAACCAGCGCUCGGGCUCUCUGGUGUUCCCCAACGGGCCCAGCACCCAGAACAACCUGAACUCCCUCAUUGGCCAUCCCGCUGAGAAGCUGGGCUGUGGACAGCAGGCGGACGGCUCCCGUCACUGCGUGCUGACCCACAGCCAGAGCCACGGCACGGGGGGCGCACUGUACGCGACGACUUACUCCAGCGGGGGGGACGGCGGCCUCGGGAGGGAGCUCACCCACAAUGACCUGAACACGCUCCAGCACAACGUCAGUGGCGAUCGAUGGCCGGUGGAGACGCUGCUCUCGAGCCCGGACCUCUGCCACAGCUCCAGCCAGCCGGUGAGGAGUGACCUCCUCAUCUCCCAGCCCUGCGUCCCUGUGGAGACUGAGAAUGGGGAGGAUGGGAGCGAGGAGAACAUUGUGUACCUCUAAACCGCUAGAUACCCAGACAGUGGACAUAAAUGUCACCCCACAGACUGUGAACUGCUGCUCCGUUCAGCUUUACCACACAGGUUGAAUGAGAUGAGCCCAUGCAAUGUAAGCGUGCACUUAUUGGUAUAUCAGUAUGGUAACACUUCACUGCGUAAGGCAAACAAUACAUGAGAGUAUAAGGACUAUAGGACAGUACCUGUAUUUUAAUAUGAGUGAUGCACUGCAGUGGCAUUCUGAAGGAUUAGAAAGCCUUUUACCAGCCUGGUCACUGGAAUGGGGGAAAUUUAGGGACACCUGAACCUCAUGUUGGAGAACCGGGAGGAGGACUUCAUCUGCACGGGGGGGGACGGACACGGACCCUCCACACAGCCGCACUGCUGGUGAUUUGGGUUCCAACCCCCAGCCCAGGAGGCGCGAGGUCACUGCACUGCCCCUGAUAAAAUAUAAAAAUGAACUGUAUUACACGUUCUUAUGUAUGUAACUAAGUGGAUACAAAUCAUUGCACUUAUAUAUAGUAUGUAUUAUAUAUGAUAUCUGGUAGACCCCUAGAGUUAAUUGUUACAUAUCUGUAAGUGUGUGUGAGAUAUACAUAUAUAUAUAUAUGUAUGUAUGUAUGUAUUCGCGCAGCUCUGUGGGCUGGGACUAAGAAGGCCAGUUCAAAUCCCACCAUUGAGUCCUUCAGCAAGACCCUUAACCCAAAUUGCUCCAGGGACUGACUGACCCCACUGUCUCCUCUACAUCCUUUUCAUGAGGUGGCCUCCUGGGAUGCUUUUCCAGCUGUCCUGAAGGAGGUCCACAUAUAUACUGAGCACUCACUUGCCGCUUUUCCUUCACUCUUUGCCCAAACUCUACUCCAAAACCAUUUUUAGUGUGCUUAGGUCAGGUGGCCUGGUCAUGUGAUGUGACACUAUCACUCUAUUGUGGGCAGCUUGGUGUGUCCAGAUUUUUGACUUGAACUGUGUGUGUGUGUGUGUGUGUGUGUGUGUGUGUGUGAGAGAGAGAGAGCCCGUGUGUGUGUGUGUGCGUGUGUGUGCCCAUUUGUGUUUGCGUGUGUGUUUAUGAACAUAUUGCAGGAAUAUAUCUGUAUUUUUGAAGGCAAGACUCACUAAUAUUUCUCUCCAGAAGCACAUUCAUAUAUGAUUUAAACAUGCAUGUAAUGUUGUAUAGGAAGUGGGCAAACGGCAUCCCUUCAGCUAGCAGACGCCUUGAGUAGCGUGUAGGUCCUGCCUGAAAGGGGUGCAGAGUGUUUUUGGGGGCGCGGUCUCUCACUACACCCCCCAGCACUCAGUCACCCCACACCCCUCACUUGGUGGUCCAGAACAAACGGCGCUUACUGGGAUCAUUAUGGAGGGCCCCCGUCUCUCCCGCCGGCCCCCCUGCCACAUUCCCCCUCAGCUACACAUCGCCCCCCCCCGGAGACACUAAUGCCCACAGCAUCCUUUAUUUCUCCCAUGUUUCUUUCUUUUUCUCUUUCUUCC